AUAACCAACCCUAACUCGUGAAGUGUCAUUUCUAAUUUAUCCUAAGUGCGGUAGUGAAAAUGAAAACUUGUGAAUAAUGUGUAAAAGGAACUGUUUUAUUUGGAUUUUUCUGUCUUGUGUCGUGAUCCUGUUAAUAGAGUUGCCACCGACAGAGGCAAGUUCUAAUCGUGAUCAACCGUGGCUUCGGGCCGUUGACGAUGGCACACUGCUUAUUGAAGCAGCCCAGGAUCGAAACAUCACUUUGCGUCUAAUGGGAGAUGCUGCCUCAUUGCUGCUCAACGAAGUGGAUAUUGUUGCCUUGUUGCAGCGACGCCGACGUGCAGCCACCGCACAAUCAACAGCAGCACAGCGAGAGCCCUUGUCCUUGGAUGCACUCAAGGAGGAGUUUCGUGGUGUUCAACGCGACCUCAAUCGACUUGCGCGUUGGCUGAGUAACAUGCACAAUGGCACUCGACGUAGUGGACUCAGUCAGCGCGUGCUCCGACGGACUCUGCAACGUGUCCAGGUCGUGGGAAACACCUUAACAACGCUGGAAUCCAAUCUGCGCGUCAACGAGUGUGCCUCUAAUCCUUGCAAGAAUGGAGGCACCUGUCAUGACGCCUAUAAGUCCUUCCAGUGCAUUUGUCCCAAGAACUGGCAAGGCGCCACUUGCGAAGAUGAUGUGAACGAGUGUUUCGACUUGGCUAGCACAGAUUUGGAUGUCUGCAUGAACGAUGCCCAGUGCAUCAAUACUCCUGGCAGCUAUCGCUGUGUGUGCCGCACUGGCUACUCGGGAGUUCAUUGUCGACUGCAUCACAACGCCUGCCUGAGCAAUCAGUCAGCGGAGCUGUGCGGCAGUCAUGGCACCUGCCUGUCCGCCAGCAAUGCAGCUGGCUAUGUGUGCAUCUGUGAUCAGGGCUGGACGUGGGCAGAUGCGAAUGUGACUCAGGCAAGCGCCAGUCCCUGCACACGGGAUGUGGACGAGUGUGCACCUGAGAUAAAUCCCUGCCACGAUGAGUGCAUAAAUUUGCCGGGCAGCUUUCGUUGUGCCGCCUGUCCGCCAGGCUACACUGGGGAUGGUAAGUACUGUCGGGAUAUCGAUGAGUGUCGAGACGGCAACAAUGGUGGCUGCAGUCAGCGUCCGACGGUCAGCUGCAUCAACACCGAGGGCUCAUUUCGCUGUGGCCGCUGUCCCAUUGGCUGGACGGGUGAUGGGAGAAGCUGCUCGCCGACCAAGUCCAAUUCCUGCGACGGCGAACAGAUUUGCAACGAUCACGCCAAAUGCGAAUACAUCUCGGAGACGGUGGUUUGCAGCUGUCGAAUCGGUUACUAUGGUCAUGGCUAUGGCGCCGAUGGCUGCACCGAAGAUUCUGAUCGCAAGCCCUGCGACAAUCAUCCCUGCCAGAAUAAUGGCACCUGUGUACUGAAUGGCCGUGGCACCAGCUGCAUUUGCCAGCCGGGCUACAAGGGUGCCCUAUGCACGGAGUCGGAUGCUUGCCAUCCGAAUCCUUGCCACAAUGGCGGCACCUGCCGCCUACUGCCACGAAAUGAGUUCAUGUGUGUUUGCCAAGCCGGCUACUCAGGCAGUAGCUGCUCUCAUCUACGCAGCUUCUGCGGCAUCUCGUUGCGCAAUGAGACUGGCAGCGUACGCUUUCCACCCAGCGAGGGCAGCACUCAGUUGGCAUAUGAACCGAAUGAGCGGUGUCCCUUCAUCAUUGCCACUCGACGUGGAAUGAUCUUGAAUGUGACCUUUACCUUCUUUGAUCUGGAGAACAGCACCGAUUGUACUGCCGACUUUCUGCAGUUGCACGAUGGCACAUCUUUGACCGCCCGACUUAUUGGACGCUUCUGUGGCCAGCAGUUGCCGCUCGGCAAUGGCACUGUGAUAACCACACAGCCGCAAUUGUUCCUCUGGUUUCUCUCGAACAAUGCCACGCAGGGACAUGGGUUUAAUCUAACAUGGAGCUCAAUGCCCAUGACAUGUGGCGCGGAACUCGACCUGGAAAUGGGUCAGACGGGUGUGCUGCGCUCUCCCGGUUAUCCGGGCAAGGCGCAACGCGGCAUCGACUGUCGCUGGAAAUUGUCGGCGCCCUUUGGCACACGUUUCCUGCUGCACUUUUAUGAGAUUACACUAGGUCCUUCUGAGAGUCGAACGCCGCAGUCGAGCAAAUGCAGUGAAGGAGAUUAUCUAAACAUAUAUGAAACGAAUCGACAGCUAUAUCGGGCCUGUCAAUCGGCUGAGCCAGCGCCUCUUUACAGCUCAGUGAAUCUCUUAAGCUUGCAUUUCCACACAGAUUUGGUGCGCAUGGACAGCUCGUUCCAAGUGCAUUACGAGGUGAUUGCUGGGCAUCCCAAUUGCGGUGGCAUCUUUACUGAAGCGAGUGGUCUAAUAAUUGGCCACAUGAAUGCUCCUAUUUGUUUGUUUCUUGUCCAACAGCCUAAGGACACCAGAAUCCAGCUCAUUUUCGAGGAACUCGAUUUCAUGGGCUCUCCCGGUUGCCAGCUGCAGAGCGUUGAGAUCUUUGACGGAUCCAGCGUUGAUCAGCCUCUGAUAGGACGUUUCUGCAACAUGACACAAGCAAAUCAGCAGCUUUUAUUAUCUAGCAGAAAUCUGAUUCUACUGCGUUAUCAGUAUCAGCUGGCAGGCUUGGAGUUGCCAAGGAAUUUUAAAGUACGAUACAGUCGAGAGUGCGGCGACAAUAUAAUAUCAAAUUCAGGAGACUUUUCGACUCCCAACUAUCCGAAUGGAUACUUGGAGGACCUAGACUGCGUAUACAAUAUAAAUAUUCCUGCACAAUAUAAGAUUCGACUAACUAUAAUCGAUCUAUCGAUUAGUGGGGAAGAAAGAAUCUCUACUGCUCAGCAGGAUGACGACGCAUCUGUAAAUGUUGGAGUUCAACCAAACUAUUUGGAUGUUUAUUUUUCUCGCAAUGCAAGCGAUAAACAGCGUUUCUCAAGGAAUCUGACCAAUCAUGUUCUGGUCUCCAAAAAUAACCGGAUGAAACUGUACUUUCGCGGAGCUAGCAAUCCUCAGCAUGCUCGAGGUCUACGAUUCCAAUUCGAAUCAUUCUUGGCGGAAUGUGGAGGCGUCUUUACUUCUCCGCAGGCUUCAUACAGACGUUUUGUUCAGAAUUCUGAUUGCGAAUGGACUAUUGAAGUUCCAGGCAGAAAACUUCUGCAUGUUGAUAUGUAUAACCCUAUAAGAAAAGGAAAACUACAGAUUUUUGAUAACAGCACUGUGGGGCAGGGAAAACUACUUAGAAAUUACGACGGCGGAGACAGGCGAUUUGAAAUGAAUGAAGAGAUCGACUCGAAUCUUCUGACUAUAAAAGUAUAUGGUAAAGAAACAUUUUCGCGAGUGAUAAUCGAUUAUCAGCCAGCAAAUACUAUGUGUGGUGGCACUUAUUCAGCACGUUACGGUACCAUUAAGAGUCCCAAUUGGCCAGAUAAUUAUGGUUCAUCUGAGAAUUGCACUUGGAUCAUUAGGGUGCCGUUCGGAGAACGCCUUGAGCUUAUUGUUCACAAUUUUACAACGGAAAGUACUUCGGAUCGCUGCACUGAUGACUAUGUGGAGAUCAGAAAUGGCGACCACUCGGAAGCACCGUUGAUAGGACGCUACUGUGGUUUUGAUAUUCCACCGCGACUGCCUUCCUAUGCAAAUGCCCUAUAUAUACACUUUCACUCUGAUGCACUAAUGGAGGAAAGUGGCUUCCAUUUCAACUGGCAGAUCACAACCGUUGGAUGCGGUGGCAAGCUGACGUCAUCGUCAGGUUCUAUACACUCGCCACACAGCAUGUCGGGCAAUCGAGGUGCUCUGGCCUGCGAUUGGCAGAUCAGUGUGUCUGCUGGAUCAACGGUGGAUCUGCAGCUUCAGAGCCGUGACGAUCUGUGCAAUGGUCUCUUGUCCUUAUACGAUGGACCCACUGUUGGUAGUCCCAAACUGCCACUGAACUGCAGCAUUGUAGGAGAGAAAUUGGCAUUGCGAUCCAGAGGAAAUCAAGUGUUGGUGCGCUAUAAUGUGAAUGACGAAUCACCUGAAGGCAUGCAUUUUCUACUGGACUACACUACCAAUUGUAUUGUGCGCUUGGAGCAGCUGAGUGGCGCCAUUGAGACACCAAAUUUCCCCGAUAAAUAUGACACCAAUACCAAAUGCGAGUGGGACAUACGAGCUGGAGAGGCCAAGAGUCAUGUGCAGUUGGCUAUCUCCCACAUGAGCUUCGAAGCCGUUGAUCCCGAUUGUGCUUUUGACUACGUGCUGCUUCGCGACUAUCGGAACACUCAGCUCGUGAGCGAGCGACGUUUAUGCACCGCCACUCAAGAUGUCGUCACUAGUGUGGGUAAUCGACUGGUGCUGCAAUUCAAUAGUGAUACAUCGAUCGGAUCACAGGGUUUCCAUGCCGAAUUCAAGCGUGUGGGCUGCGGCGAAGAGUUGCGCGCUGCCAGUGGCAAGAUUGAGACACCGAAUGCUCCAUUCAGUGUCGAUGAGGAUUGCCAGUGGCACAUCCUUGUUUCCGAAGGCUAUCAAAUCGAACUCUCCAUUGAGGAGUUGCACAUUGAGACACCGCAACACGAUUGCAGUCAGGAUACGCUGACCGUUUGGUCUGGCAGCAAUGCAUCUGAUGUCAUGCUGCGCAGUUGCCAAGUGGAGUUCACUGCUCAAAAAUUCUCCUCCCCAGCAAAUGAGCUGCAUAUCCGAUUCCGUAGCAGCACGCAACGUACUCGCAAAUACAUGAAAGCCACGUACACUCAAGUGCCAGCCAGGUGUGGAGGCACCAUUAGUGCGAGCAGCGGACUUAUUGCAUCUCCCAGCUAUUACCAGCAAGGCUUGGAUGUUUAUGAUAAGGAUAUCGAGUGCGUAUGGGUCGUAGAGGUCGAACAUCCCUAUACUAUUCAAUUCAGCUUCGAUGUUUUCAAUUUUACGACGAAUUCCGAGUUGUCUAGUCUGACAAUUUAUGGCUCUAAGCAUUUAAAGAAAGGAGAUUUAAUUAAGCCGGCAAAUUUCAGUAUUCAAUACAGUGGCAACGAACCUUCAGAGCCCCUAACAAUGGAGGGCACUGUUCAUGUGACAUUUAAAGCCAAAAAAGGUGCAUGGGGUAAGUUUGCGAUGCGGUUUCAACGAGGAUGCGGCGGUAAGAGAAUUGACCACGAGGGUUAUCUAAACUCUCGACUUGAUACAAAUUGCAUUUGGGAAAUUCAGUCAGAAAAUGGAACUAGAAUUACACUUAAUAUUAAUCAACUGGAGUGUCCAUGCACAUCACAAGGCGGCAAUUGCACGACCGGAUUAUGGAUAUACAACGAUGAGGAUGAUGUGCUUUAUUAUAAUCUAUGCAAAGAGCAUCCGAGUAGUUUGGUUAUCCCCACUAACGUGGCACGCAUUGAAGCAGUGGGCAUUGUGCUAGCAGCUCAAUAUAGCACCCUCGAUAAUUCCUGUGGAGGUACAAUUAAGUCCGCUCGCGGCACACUUAAUUCUCCCAACUAUCCGGACAGCUAUCCCUCAAAUGUGGAAUGCGAAUGGCAAACGAAUCUCCGUCCUGGCAAUGCCAUUGAACUAAGAUUCGAGGCAAUGGACAUUUUCAAGUCCGAACACUGCAAUUUCGAUUUCCUGGAAGUACGUGCUGGUAAGACGGGCUCCUUACUGGGUCUAUACUGUGACAAUGUGCUGCCUGUGGAGCCCCUGACUGUUAGCUCGGACGUCUGGGUGAAAUUCCGAAGUCAGUCUGGCAGCACUGGCAAAGGAUUCAAGUUACGCUGGAAUUAUGCUCACGUCAAUGAAUUUUCAAAUAUCACAAGUGGUAAGAUCGAAUCGCCACCAACGCUUGCGGUACGUGGCGAUGAGCAGCCUUACAUUUGGCGCAUCUUUGCAGAACUUGACUCGAUUAUCGUGAUUGACUUUAAGGAGUACAACACUGGACUGCAGCUGUUUGAUGGUUUUGAUGACACCGGAUUGCGCAUCCCAAUACAGAACUCGCCCUGGCAGUUCACCUCGAGUAGCAAUAUCAUCUAUCUGAAAACUGUAAAUGCAGAUUUCGACGCCUUUCUGUUGAAUUGGCACAUUCAGAGAACUGAUCAGCUGACCGGAAAUGUAACGCUAACCGAAGGCUGUGGCAUGAGCCACUUGGUGGGACGCGAGGCCACGAUUCAUGUGAAGUCACCAGGGUAUCCACAUGGUUAUCGACCGAGGUUGAACUGCGAGUGGGUGUUCAAGGCACAGGACGAUGAUCGCCAUGUCGUUGCAAAACUUUAUGAUGCCAGUCUGGAGGUAUCGGACAAGUGUGCGCUGGACUAUCUGAGCAUUCAGACCUCAAGCAAUAUGGUGGAUUGGCAGGAGCAGUUGCAUGUCUGCAAUAUGAGCGCAACUCGCUGGCCUUCGCUCUUAAAACGUGUCGAAGGCACACCGUAUCUAAAAAUCAAGUUCGUCUCUGACGUAUCUAUGAAUGGUACCGGCUUUAGAGCAGGUGUCGAAACCAAUUGUGGUGGCAAUAUGACUGGUAAGGUGGGCACCAUCACGAUUCCUAAGAAGGAAAGGUGGUGGGAUCAAAAUAUGCAAGAUAGUAGCGUCUGUGAGUAUCACAUCAAUGUACGACCCGGCAGUGUCGUCGACAUAAGCAUCGAGUAUCAUUCAGAGGCUGUCAACAACACUUGCACGCACUAUGGACUCAUCUAUGAUGGUGUCGACACCGGAGCACCGAUGUUGCCGCACGGCAAGUUCUGUAACCAAUUGAAUUUUAAUACGAAGUCAUAUCGGACGAGUGGGCCACAUGCUACCAUUAAAUAUUUGAUGUUCGAAAAAUGGAAUAACCGCAUGGGAACUAGGCACGUGCAGAACAACUGGACACUAACAUAUCGAGAGUACAAUGAUUGUCAAUCUGAAAUUCGACUAACCCAUCUCUCGCCCAGCUACGUGCUUAGCACUCCCAAGUAUCCGGAUUAUCCUCCAGCAUACUCGGACUGCACGUGGUUGAUAGUGGCACCGUUGGGCGAAACCGUUUCAGCCACUUUCGUAAAUACCUUCGACUUAAGUGUACAGAAUUGCGACAAGGAGUUUGCCGAGCUCUACGAUGGUUCAACAAUGCUCUCACGUCGUCUACUCCGAACAUGCCACAAACCAGCGACAACAAGAAGCUCUGGAAAUAUGCUGCUGGUACAUUACCAGUCGGAGCUCAAUGAACCCCAUGCGGGUUUCUCGCUGAAUGUUUCGGUAAGCCAGUGCGGUGGCGAGCACACUUCUCCAAGUGGGGUGAUCAGUUCCGUAAAUUAUCCAUUACUGGGUGGCUAUCCCAAGCCGGCUGAAUGCGAGUAUACCGUCAAAACCCGGUCGGAUACACAUAUCGUUGUCAACAUUACCGAUUUGAAUGUGCCCUAUGAUGUGGCAGCAAAUGCAAAUGAUUUGGAUCGCCUUGAGUUCUUGGAUAUGGUAGAUGAACGACGUGUCUUGUUAAUACUUUAUGGGAAUCUCACGGAACUGCCCUAUUCUAUUCCUUUUUCAACAAAUGAACUUGCUGUGCGAUUCGUGACAAAGAAUCCCAAGUUAAAUACCUACCGAGGAUUUAGAUUACAGUACAACAAAGUUGAUGGCGCCUGCGAUCAGGCUGUCAAUGCGGUUUCUGGUGAGCUGAAACUAUCACGGAAUUUGAUUCCUAAAAAGUUUCAACGAUUCUGCAAGUGGCGUAUUACGGUGCCAAAGGGUCAACGCGUUCGCUUCGAGUUUCUUAACCUUGACGAGCUGCGUUCCGAUUUGCCAAAACCCAACACACGAAUAUCACGAAUACCGGGAUUGGACGUUAAUGCCUACAAUGACAUGUCAUUCUUGUCCAAAAUAGUCAGCUUUAAUUUUGAUGCUUACAAUGGCAGCGGAGUUAUUGAAUCCACCGAUAACCUUAUGUACGUCAGGGUUUUGCUCAGGCCUUCUAUGCCACAGAAGCCGGUCCUUGCGCGCUUCACUUCGUUGGAAGCUUCCUCUUGUCCGCCGGACAUUGGCAAACAAGCUGUUGGCACGCUGUCCAACGCGGAGAUGAUGCAAUUGCCCCGCUAUUACUGCCACAUGCACUUCUUAGCGGAGCCGCAGGUAACAAUCAGCUUCAAUGUCACGUACUCCAGAACGAAGCCUGGUGGCUUGGUCAGGUUCUACGAUGAGGUUCUAAAAACGUUAAAAGUAUUGCCUCCUGGCAAUGCAAUUUUCUCGAUGGCAACGACGACGGGGCGCGUUGAGAUCAUUCAAAAUGAGCCGGUAACUGGGUUUAAUUUCCGGGCCACUUAUAGACGUUAUGCAUGUGGCGGAGACAUUAGCUUGAUGGAGGGUACCACAAUGCAGCUCCCACUGUUGAGGGAACACUUUGGCGUCCUCGAAUGUGUUUGGACGCUAAAUAAUGCUUAUCUUUAUCGCUUGCAAGUCAAUGCCAGUAGUUUUAGCUUCGCUGAUCGCUGUGAGAAUGAAUAUGUGAGCAUUUCGGCUAGAUUAGGAGGCGAUGAACUGACUAGAUUCUGUCGCGACACGAUCUUGGUCAGCAAAAGCAUGGUUCCAUUGAGAAUCGGCUACGUGAUGCGUUAUCAUGCCACUCAGUAUCAAGCGGGUAGCAGUGAGUUCCAGCUGAUUGCCACCAAUCUAAAAGAUUGGAGUUUGGGAGUCGGAAAUUUAAUGUUGGUUGGAGACAGGCCAAUACCUCUGGUGACCGUUGGCCCAUCAGACUACAAAAACAACAUUGAGCUUUUUUGGGAGUAUAAGGCGCCAUCGGAUUUGACGCUGCGUUUGGAGUUCCGUGAUCGGUUCUUCAUUGAGAUGGCGCCCAACUGCAGUAAUGAUCGGCUCGAGGUGCUCGACUAUAGAGCGGAUCUCUGGCAAACGAUAGCUACACUCUGUGGACGAGAGUUGCCAGCGCCUCUGAAUACACAGUCGAAUCGUCUACGUCUAAUCUUUCGCACCAAUGGCAACAUCACAGCUGAUGGCUUCACCUUUAACGUCUCCACAACCUGUGAUAUGAAGCUCCAGGCGAGCAGUGAGCUGCAAACGGUAAACGGUGGCCAUUUUCAUCGAAGCAUCUACAAAAAGUCAGUAAGCUGCAAUUAUGAGUUCGUCACGGACACCAAGCACCAACUGGUGGUCAUCGUCAAACCCAAGAGUGAUCGAGCUUGGCUGCGGGGGUCCUGUCGUUAUUCCUACUUCGAUGCAUAUCGAAUUGUGGAGGGGAAGGAGCAGACCAUUAACCAGACCAUGUGUCCCAGUUUUGAGGUGAACGGAUAUGAACGCCUGCGUCUUGUUUUUAAGACAAUCUCGUCCCUCACUCAUCCCUUCGAGUUGCAGUAUCAGCUGGUUGGCUGUGGUGGAAAUUACACUGCUCCAUUCACACUACGUCCGCUUCUGUCCGACUUGGGCACCACCUACAAGUCUCGCCAGGAAUGUGAGUGGCAUGUGCUGGCGCCGCCACAGCAUGCAAUCUUUCUUCGCUUCAAGUACUUUGAGCUUGAGAACCGUUGUCAGUAUGACGAUCUGAGCAUCUAUCGUGGCAGCAGUCACAGCAAGGAGCAGCUGAUCAGUAAAUUGUGUGGUAACUUGACCAGUCCAUCCGUCAUGGUCGACAGCAAUGAGGCAUUGAUUGUGGCCACUUUACCCCGCUAUAUGGAUGAAAGUGGACGAGGCUUUGUGGCCAGCGUGCACUUUACGCCCAAUUGCAACGAACGUCUCGCGCUUAGCGAGGGCAACACUCGGUUGGAUCUGGUACGAUCCUAUCAGCUGAAUGCCAGCACUGCUGGCGAUGAAUUGCAUUGUUAUUUCCGCGUUAGUGUGCCGCUCGGUAAUCGUGUUUCCGUAUGGCUGAAGCAGCUCCAACUGAAUGAGCUAGCUUGUCCUAAAUGCAGCUCACUUGAGAUCUUGGAUGGCUUCGAUGGCAACAGUGCCAGUCUGGGUAGCUAUUUCGCCCAUUUAGGUAAUGGCUCCAAACUCUACAGUUCCUACAACGAAGUGCUAAUCAAGCUAAGCGCCAUUGCGCCUUCAAAGAACAUCAGCUUUGAACUGCUCCUAGAAAUGGAAGCGACUGUAUGUGGCCAGCUGGACUAUACUUUAGACAAAGAGUCCAUCAAUCUGCGCUUGAGUUCCAAAAAUGUCUCCAGCACCUUCCAGGGCAAUGUUGACUGUAAUUGGCAUAUCACCACUGUUUCUGACAUUCAGAUCGAUGCGCAUGACGUGCAAUUGGCGGAUAUUUCUCCACUGACCCGAAAAUGCGUCGACUAUGUGUUUAUCAAGGCCGAUUACUUUAACAGAUAUUAUUGCGGAAAAUUCAGCAAUACCACUUGGGAUCUCCCUUACAUCAGAAGUUUCAAUGUAAUCUUCCGCAGGUCUGGCAGCGACUCAAGCUAUGAAUUAAAUUUGACAAUAAGACCAAAAAAAAAUUGUAAUCGUACAUUAACCGCUCUGGAUGGUAUUUUAGAUUAUAAUUCAAUAGAACGAUCUGAAAGUCUGAAUUGCAGUAAUGAAAUUCGAGUACCAAUAGGAUUCCUCGUAGCUCUGGAAUUAGAUUUUGUGCAGUUCACAGAUUUUGGUAAUUUUCUAAUUACAGAUGUGGUCGCAAAUCGCACUCUUUUAAAUGCUACAAAUAAUUUUGAUUCGAUGCCUAUGUCCAUUUUAAGUACUUCAAAUUGGAUACGCAUUGACACAUCCACUGUCCGAUUUUUAAGAAUGUAUUAUCAUUCCAAUGUAAAUACUCUGCCGACUGGUUGUGGAGGGCACCUAACUAGUCUGGAAGGCCAGUUUGCAAAUCCUCCUUAUGACAGUCGCGACUAUUCAGAGUGCACCUGGCGCAUUUCGAUUCCAGCGGGCGUUACACUCCAAUUUAAUUUCAGAUCUUUCGAUAUGGGUCCAAACACCAAUUGUGAUCUAGAUAAUAUCAAGUUUUAUGAAAAACUUGAUGAUGACACCGAAACUCUUCGACAUUUGUUCUGUGGCCCAACAGUUAUUGAUAGUUUCAAGAUGCAGAGCGAUAGCAUCAGAAUUGUCGCCAAGAAAUCGCCCAAUUUCGCUGGGACAGGUUUUCGCUUGUACUUUAAUCAAUUAGUCGAAUAAUUGAAUAUUGACUUAUUGUUAAUCACAUAUAUUAUAUAAGAUGCUUAGUAUAUUAAUAAAUAAAAGGAACAAACAAAAUUUAAA